CCCUCACCCUCUCCGCGCUACCUUCUCAUUAAAAGACUGGGCGGUCCAGUCGCCGUCCUUUAUCGGGUUUCCCUUUCGGUUUGAUCCCCAUUCCCCCCCCCCCAAGGACCCUUUCCAACAAACAAAACCAACCGUGGGCCCCCGACGCCAACACCUGCCGUCUCCUCCCCAUCACCAAAAAAACAACAACGACAACGACUUCUUUGACCGAGUUGCACCAUCCGCUCAAUCCACUCCACACACCCCACCCGACCCUUGACUUACACGUCAACACCCUUUGUGCGACAGAAGGACGUCAGGAAACCACAAGCGAUAGCUAGACAUACGCCCGCCCCCGCCCGCUCGCUCGCCCGAUUAUAUCAUCCAUCCUUUCGAUCGAUUCUGUAUACUCCAACUGCUCUGCCCUGCUGUGCUGCCGUGCGCUCUCUCUCUCACACACACUCGUGUUAUUGCUGAGUUGCGCAUCUCGUUCGCGCCCUUCUCCGCUCCACGACCGGUUACCUGCAUGCGUGCUAGGUGACGUCCACAGCCUGACACACGCAAUCCCGACAGCGCGGCGACUGGACUCCUGGACGACCACAGCUUGAGCCCUCUCCUGCGCUCUCCCGUUCCUGUCCUGGGCGCAUCUGGAGGUUAUUGGUUGCAUUGUGCGGGAAUCGGGCGCCGACUCGCUCCAAAACAAGCCGUUCUGCGAGUCCCUGCAGCCCGGGCAAACGAUCACUCAUGGUGGCGCCCGCCCUUGUCUAGGACGCGAAGGGAUGAAGAAGAAGAAGAAGAAGAGAGCUGGAACAUUUUCGACAACACAACCAUAGGCCAUUCGCGGGUAGCAAUGACCCGCUCCCGGUUACGACCACAUUCACCAACACUGCUUUCGCCAGUACAUUCACCCAAGGAAUUGACACCAAGACCGUCGGCCGUCUUCAGAGGCGGUGACGGAGACUCCAUCAUGUCAACCUCGCGACCCUCCAGCGUGGCCCUUAUGCCACCAUCAGCACCCACAAACCCGACCUCUCCACCAUCGCUGAGAGACAUCCUGACCGAUACCGCUUUGCCGCCCUACACGCUCGGCGCCUUUACCGCUUUUCUGUCGCAGAACCACUGCCUCGAGACGCUCGAGUUCACACUGCAGGCCGAACGCUACAGGACAGCGUACGCUAACAUUGUAGGGACCGGAGAACGGCCGCCGAGCAUCGGGGAUGGCAGCGAGCACAUUUGCCUGCUCUGGCAGAAGCUGAUGCACACCUUCAUCCAGCCUUGUGGAAUCCGCGAAGUCAACCUUCCCGCCCGCGUACGCGAUCGGUUGCUGUCACUUCCCUGUGUGCCCAUCCCACCGAACCCAUCCGAACUGGACGAGGCUGUCAAGAUUGUGUACGAGCUCAUGAACGACUCGGUGCUGGGCCCCUUCUUGGCGUCGGUGGCGCCGCAUGAAGAGGAGCACCGCCAUGAGCAUGAUCCCAGGCUGUUUCGGUCACGCCUGCGAAUCCCAAGAGAGACGUCGUCCUCCAGCGAACACGACUCAAUUCGGUCACCCAAGUCGGCCUUUCUGCCCAUGCUCAACCUCGCCUGGUCUAGCGAGCCCAAAAGCUCCGCGUCGUCAUCCAGCGACCCGAUGGAGCAGGGUGGACUAAGCGACGACAGUGGAAACGUGCCCUCGCCGUCCGCGAACGAGCCGAUGACACCACCCACCACGCCGCCCACCUCAGACUGGGCCUUCGCCAACACGUCCCCCGGCAGCCUUCAGCGGGCCAUUAGCGCACACAACAGCGGCUGGAAGAAGAUGGGGGCGAAGCUUGGACUGAGCCGCAGAGGCCGCGCCAAGCAGGUCGUGUCGAUCCCACAGGACCCCGCUACAUCCUCCCACCAACAUGCCCCAGCAGGCAAGACAAUGACGGGUUUCGACGAAAAGGUUCACUCCAUUUCAUCGACCCUGCGCUCGUCGGUCGAGUGGGAGGAGCCGCACCCAGGGAAGCGCUUUCCGGUUCCCGCGACGGGGAACGUGAGCCAGGGUGUUGGUAUUCCUCAGCAAUGUAGCGGGCUUCACAAGAACGGCAUGGCCGCAAAAGGUUUUGUCCCAUAUCCGACGCGCGGAUGGAAUAUGGGCACCAAGAGGCGUUUUUUGCGCCCCCGAGUUCGGGUCAAGAUCCCCGUGAACCCCCAAGACAGCUCGAUCAAGAGCAACAUGUGCUGCAGACCUCAAAGCACCACAUCCGGCGCCGCACCCGUGAUUACACCGGCUGCCUCUCCCCAAGUCCCAUCGAUGGACUGCGUUGCCACCAACAGCACGCGGACAGUGAGCCCCAUGUACGGCUGUUGCGGCACGGAUAGCAAGGGUGCCAUCAAGUUGAAGGACGAAUCCAUGGAAAGCACUCUCGACAGCACCUUGUCCUCAAAGCACUCGUCCAUGCGACUCUCGAUGACGGACUUUUCCCACUACCUGUCACCGGCAGGCCCCACUGAUGAAUCCGACCGCAGCUCCUGCCUGUCUUUUGAUCCCGACCGCUCCCCCAGCCUCUCGCCUGAUGAGGAUCCUUAUGGAUGGGAAGCCGAGCUGAACAAGAAGACGGCGGCCCCCGGUGUCAUGGCUUGCUGCUCUAACCUAGAGUUUCGCCGGGCGCAGGGUGGCAAGCGGAGUCUUUUGCAAAAGGUUCUCAGUCUGGGUCCUCGGGAACUUGCCCGUCCAUCGAUGCAUUGAACGGCAAGACAGCUUUUUAGUCUCGUCACAUUUUUUCUAUUUUGCGCACAACUUUUUCAACAAAUACCCCGACGUUUUUUUUUUUAUGUCGCCAUUUUUAGAUUUUUUCUGUUCCAGCGAGUCAUGGCAGAGUGUGUGACUUGCUGGAAUUUUGCUCACGCAAAACCAAAACCAUCAACACUCAGUAAACAAACAAACAGAUUUUGAUGAUUCACACGUGGUCACAGGCAUGGUAUGGGGCAUGGUAUGGUAUAUGAACAUGCAUACAUAAGGGUGGUUUGGGGGGGAGACGGGGGCUUUUU